UCCUUUCUCUUUCUCUUUUAAAUGUGCCAAAAAAGUUUUUAUAAAGACGGCAAACAGGCAAUUAAUUCCAGGGAAGUGGGAUUUGGGAGUUUGAUUUUGGAUAAAUUGAGAGAUAUUUGCGGGGGAAAACUUAAAAGGAAAUCAAGAUUCAAGAGCAGCCACAUAAAUAGAAAAAAUCCAAAAAAAAAAAAGAGUUUGGGUUAGAAUUUCAGCGAAAGAGGCAAAACGUCGAAUACAUGGCGUGGUGUUACGAAUGGUCUGCUCUACGGAACCGUGGCUGUUACCAUCUUCUUCGACCCAAUUUCCCCCUAAUGGGCCUUUGAAAACCUACCAACUCAAGUGCUCGGGUUUUCAAUUCACCCAUUCCCAUAACUUUCUUCAGCUUAGUUGUUCUUCUGAGGACGACCAGGGUCCACCUCAAGAAGCUGUUCUUAAAGCCAUUUCAGUGUCAAAGACGGAAGGAAGGGUUGGGCAAACUACAAAUGUUGUCAUUGGAGGGACGGUAACCGAUGAUUCUACCAAUGAAUGGCUAGCUUCGGAUCAAAAGGUGAACUCACAUCCGACAGUUAGAGGUUUUAUGGUUAUUGGGACUGGCGGUGAUGAUUUCGUACAUUCUAUGGUUAUAGCGGUUGAAUCAGUGCUUCAGCAACCGAUCCCUGAGGUAAAUCUUACAAAUCAAUACCAGUCUUUCAGUCGUUUGGGUGCAGUUAUAGGAGCGUGUAUCAUGCAUGAUGUGUGUUAUUUAGCAGAAUGUUCCGUUGAUCAGCUCUCAUUAUACGCAUAGUCGCAUACCAUGCACGCUUCUUCAAUUAUUGGCUUCCUAACGUUUAUUAGUGAUGGCCAACUAAAUGGAUAGGUCUAGUUACUCGUUUGCGACAGUCUGUGUCAUCGCUAUUGCUUUGGACUCGAAUUUGUAUUCAAGUGGUCUUACCUUCAAAUGAUAAAUAAUCUGUGAAAUGUUCUUCGACCAACAUUUUCAGGUGGUCAAACAAGCCAACUAAAAAAACCAACAGCUAACAGGCAACAACCAGUUGCCAAACACCCUCUCUGUAUUUUCAUUGCCAUAGUGUAGCCAUAAAGGGCCUAUACCUCCAAAGGACUUGUAAUCAUAUCUUAAUCUCCAAGAUGCAUCAAGGCCAAUCGUGCUUGCUAGAGCCUUCAUUCAAAGCUAUCGAAUUGUAAUGCCCAUGAGUGAAAGGCAUCCUCACCAUCUCAAGUCCGUACACAGUUAUGUAUAUGAAGCCCAAAUGAAGGGUCUUGUGGCGUUUAAACUCGUAUUUAUGGAUUUCUAUGUUUUUACCAUCUCUUCUAGAGAGCAAUCAGCUAACGUUCGAGGUCUAGUUUCGUGCUACCCGAUUCCCUCUCUUCCCGGAUGUUGGUUCAGAAAUGUAGGAUACAAGAUAUACUUUUGUGCUUUAUUUUAUGGGGGCAAUGGACAUUGCUUACCCGGCUAUCCUUGUUAUUUAAACUAAUAUGAUUACUCAAUGAUGGGGUUGAGUAAAGCAGAAAAUAUGGUGAAGGGGAAAGUACGUUUCUGUUAAUAUUGGGCCUAUGAAAGUCAUUUCUAGUGAGCAGGUUCGCUCUCUCUCUAUAUAUACAUAAUGAAUGUGUUAAUUCUACGUAAAAUAGCAUAAAAAUAAACCUUCAUAAUUUAUGCUACUUCGAUCAUAAUAAAAGUGCUAUAUAGCUAGUUGCAUCAAUUAUAUAUAAAAAAAAGAAGGCAUUUUUCAAUAAAAGAGAUAUGUUCUGGUAUUCGUUGCGCUUUUAACUAGUCUUCGAAUUGGGUCAAUGAAAUGUUGCAUUUACUGCAUGUUUUAUUUCUUUUCAUACAGAUGAUCGAAUCAAGUAUUUCUUGUAAGCUUAAUCAUGUUCUCUUAUUUUUUUUUAGCAUUUUAAUUAUCAUCAUAUUCUGUAAAUCUCACUCAUAACAAGCAAGGGUCUAGGGGUAGAAGACAAACAAUUAUUUCACUAUGACAUAAAGUAUCACUUUUACUUUAUAUUUUCUCUCUUAAUUCAAAAAAAUUAAUCUUACCGUUUUAUGCUAUUAUAUUUAACUCUUUAAUCUCCGUACUAUUUACAAAUGGGACAAAAUAAUGAAGAGAAAUUUCCAAGGUCAACUUUGAUCAAGGCCCAAGGGAGCUUUAAUUUUGUAGUCCCCAUACCAUGUGACGAGCCAUAAGGCAUACAAUGAUAAACUCUAAAACUUAUGGAGUAUCUAAUUUCAAUUCGAAUUAAAAUCGGUUACUUUCGUAAAUUUUUAAAUUUUUAUUUUAUGAUUUAUAUAAUUGUGAUUUUUUCAAUUUGUUCUCUUUUUAAGAUCCAAUUUUAUAAAAAAAAAUCGAAUUAUUAUAGCAUUUUUUAUGAAUAUUACGUAUUUGGGUGUUUUUGAGUAUCAUUAGGAUUAAUUUGCUACUUUUAUGUUUUUUUAAACUUGUACGUAUCAAAAUUCAAUUAACAAGUAAUUAAACUUAUCAAAUUUUAUUUGAACUCAUGGUAAUGCUUUUUUUAGUUAGAAUUCAAAAAUAAAACAU